UGCAUCUAAAAGAUCAAGGGAUAAGAUCAAGGGAUAAGACAAAGAGUGAAAUGAAAGACAAUGAUUUAGCAUUGGUUUGGUUGUCCAAAGAAUUGGAGUAUGCUGCUGACAAGGGCCAUGUUAUUAGACUUGAUGACGCAUGGGAAAGAUACACUAUAUUAGCCGAAAAAGCGGGCAACACGCUUCCCUCUUCUUUUAUCAGUCGAUGCGCGACUUUUAAGGACAAACUUGUGCAUAUGGUUGGAGACAUCAUAGAGUGCGUGCAAUCAUUUGAAAGGGGGCCGUCUGAGCGUCAUACCUUGCUAAUUCCCAAAAAGUGCGCUAAAAUGGCUCUGUCCCAGUUAGUAGCCCAGGGUACGGCUGACGAAGAAGACGAUGAACUAACUCUGCCUGUUUAUCACCAACAAGACGAUUUCCUCUCUCUUGUUCAUGUGGCGUUGAUGAUACGAGCUGAUGUGCGGCAGACCCAGGUUACAAGGGACUCGACAUAG